CUCCCAGUUGGGUGGCGAAGGGGGUUGAGCGAGGGCUGCGCGCAGAAAAAGGGCUCCCGGAGCUGGAGAGCCACCAGCUAGCUUUGUCCGCGGCGGGCACGGAGGUGCGGGCGCCUGCAGGGAUCCUGGCUGCCGGAGGACCUCGGUGAGUCACCGCAGGGAUGUUGCAAUCGCCAUGGCAGAGGGCGGCGAGGAGGCUGUGGCGCUGACUCGGAGCCCAGCUGAGUAGGGAGCUCUGCUCCAGAGCUGAGGCGAGGACUGCCUGGGGACAGGGGACAGCUGUCACUUGGAUCUCCUCCAGGGACCUCUCCCAGAGGCGCGCCGAGCCAUGGAGGGCGCAGACCUGGCGGUGAAGGUUCUGGCCAUCUGGCUGACGCUGGUGCUCGGCCUCAUCCUGCUGCCCUCCGCCUUCGGAUUGUCUCUGGGCAUCUCGGAGAUUUACAUGAAGAUCCUGGUGAAAACAUUGGAGUGGGCCACAUUACGAAUUGAAAAAGGAGUCCCGAAGGAGUCGGGUCUUAAAAAUUCAGCUUCUGUGGGUAUUAUCCAAAGAGAUGAGUCACCCAUGGAAAAAGGACUCGCUGGUCUUCGAGGAAGGGACUUUGAGCUGUCUGAUGUGUUUUAUUUCUCCAAGAAGGGAUUAGAAGCCAUUGUGGAAGAUCAAGUAACCCAGAGGUUCUCCUCAGAGGAGCUAGUGUCAUGGAAUCUCCUCACAAGAACCAAUGUAAACUUCCAGUACAUCAGUCCAAGGCUCACUAUGGUGUGGGUGUUGGGCGUCCUGAUUCGAUAUUGCAUUCUGUUACCUCUGAGGGUUACCCUGGCCUUCAUUGGGAUCAGUUUGCUGAUUAUAGGCACAACAUUGGUGGGGCAGCUGCCGGACAGCAGCCUCAAAAACUGGCUUAGUGAGCUGGUUCAUCUGACUUGCUGUCGCAUCUGUGUGCGGUCCCUCUCUGGCACCAUUCAUUAUCAUAACAAGCAAUACAGACCCCAGAAAGGGGGCAUUUGUGUCGCCAAUCAUACCUCUCCCAUUGAUGUGCUGAUCUUGACCACGGAUGGAUGCUAUGCCAUGGUUGGCCAGGUUCAUGGUGGACUGAUGGGAGUUAUUCAGAGAGCUAUGGUCAAAGCUUGUCCACAUGUUUGGUUUGAACGCUCGGAAAUGAAGGAUCGACACCUGGUAACUAAAAGAUUAAAAGAACAUAUUGCUGAUAAGAAAAAGUUACCCAUAUUAAUCUUCCCUGAAGGAACCUGCAUCAACAAUACUUCAGUCAUGAUGUUUAAAAAAGGAAGCUUUGAAAUCGGAGGAACCAUAUAUCCAGUGGCAAUGAAGUAUAACCCACAGUUUGGUGAUGCAUUCUGGAACAGUAGUAAAUACAACAUGGUGAGCUACUUGCUUCGAAUAAUGACCAGCUGGGCCAUCGUCUGUGAUGUGUGGUACAUGCCUCCCAUGACCAUAGAGGAAGGAGAAGAUGCAGUUCACUUUGCAAACAGGGUUAAGUCUGCUAUUGCUGUACAAGGAGGACUGACUGAACUUCCCUGGGAUGGAGGGCUGAAGAGAGCAAAGGUGAAGGACACCUAUAAGGAGGAGCAGCAGAAGAAUUACAGCAAGAUGAUCGUGGGCAAUGGAGCUCCCAACCUGGAAGUGGACUGAAGUCCUCUGUGGAUAAACUUGACUUCCCAAAUAGGCCUUUGGAAGAAGAGAAAAUGUUAAAUUUUGUUUGUUGUAUUGUUUUUUUCAUUUAUCGUUAAUCUUCUAUGGGAUGAUUGUCUCUACCUCUUUAUGCCAGAGGCGGAACCUACAGGUGGCUCUUUGAUGUCGCAUUAGUCUCAGUUGUAGGAAGGUUCUCGAGUUGAAGCAGAUUCUGCCUUUUGUAAAAUGAUGGAGUCAUUGGUGACUGAAUGAAGAAUUUGUAUACAAAAAGUGCUUCCAGACUGUGUUUGGAAGUUGUUAAUAAGGCAAUUUUCAAAAAACACUCUAAUCCCUUUAAUCUCUUUUAUUUUAUUUUAUUUUAACUUUAUUUUAUUUUUUAUUUUAUUUUAUUGAGUCUUGCGUAACCCUAGGCCUGCCUCAAACACUAUGUAGCCAAGGCUGGCCUUGAACUCUUUGAUUAUCCUGCCUCCACUUCCCAAGUGCUAGGAUUACAGGCAUGAGCCUCUAUGCCCAGCAGUUCCCUUCAAGAUCUGAAAUGAUGGAUUUCAUGUCAAUGUAAGGCUGCCAUUACAGAUAAAUUCUGCCAUAAGGCUGAAAAGAAAAAUGAAGGAUUGUAUUUUAGGGGAGAAGACAAACGUGAUCACUUGACCUUAAAGGUGGAACUGGAAAUUAUUUUUUCCUAACGUGUUAGAAAAUACUGCUUCAUGAAGGAAAAGUGAGAAGAGACAGCAUGUUUGUAUUUAUGUGUAGGCAAGUCACAACACACUUGAGCCAGCAGUGGCGGGGAGAAAAAGCAUAAUUAGCUUUUCCUGUUAGUGUGCUAAAGAUCCACUUUCAUCUAGUGAUUGGUGUUUGUGAUCAAACAUGAUUUUCAAAUGGGAGGUUUCAGUAUGAAAGUGUGUGGAGCCUGCCGCUCCCCCUUCACCUUAGAGGUCCAAUCCCAAACGUUCCCAGUCUUUUAAGCAGAAAAAAUAAAUGGUAUAAUUACCUUUUGGAAACUGAGCCUUAAAUUUUUUAAAGGGGGAAAAUAAGCAUUCCCCAACUCAAAUAGUAUAAGCAAUAUUUGAUAGCUCUAUAAUACUGCUGUGAACUCUUGAGUGUUCUCUUGAGAGAAUUAUCGGGUAACCAUGUAUAGAAUGUGAACUGUCUUACUAUAAAUAAAUUUUAUAUUUUUAAACAA